AUGGUUGAGACUGCUUUUGGAAAUGCGCAACCCCCGCGGCCAGGUCAGGUCGCGCUAAGGACCUGCUGUGGAAAAGCAACCAAUCUCACAGUAUCGCAGUUUGUUUGGACGAAGCAGAGAUUGCGGAGUUUGAGGUAUGGGGCCAUUUUUGAAGCCGAGAGAACCGACGAUGAAACAGUUGGAUGCUCGAUCAUUUCAGCAACGAUAUCCCCGAAACUUCGGCCUGUCGAAUUCUGUCCCCCUCUAUUGAGCCAGGUGAAGCCUACCAUAGACGCGCCCAAGAAGACGGACCCAGCCGACCAGCCAUUUCGAGCAUCUGCGCUCUGGAGACCGAGGUUGACGUUAUCCCCGACUGCGUCCGAGGGCCCAGCAAUGGAUGGCCAGCAGUAUCACCAGAGCGUUUUUCGCGCUCAACCCAGUGAUGGCACACAACGCAAGAUCCAAAAGCGCAACCGCCCGCCGGUGUCUUGUCUCUUGUGUCGGACGCGAAAGGUGAAAUGCGAUCGGCAGCAGCCUUGUGAGAGGUGUGUAAAGAGCGGCGAGGCUGCUUUCUGUGAAUAUGCUCCGCGUGCUGCUCGCAAACCCCGGUCCGAGGGCCGGCAUCUGUCCGACAGUCGGCCCAAGCAUGAGGCCAUGUCGCGACCAGUGCUCCAAGUCCGGCUGCAGAAGUUGGAAGAGAUGGUGAGCGGGCUCAUGCCCAAUGCACCGCCCAGGGACAACCAACUUACCCCCUCAAGCUCAGAUCAACGCGCAGAUAAUGAGACUCGCUCUGAUCUCAGCUCUCCGCCUGGAGUGAUAGGUGCCAACCACUCGGGUAUACUUACCACAGAGAGGGAGAACACCUUUGUUGGAGCAACACAUUGGGCUUCCAUUCUAGAAAGUAUCAACGAUAUCCGUGGCAUCAUCGAGGCCGAUGGUGACGAGUCUUCUAGUCCGUCACCAUCUGCGACGCAGUCACACCAAGACAUGGAUAUCCUAUUUGGGCCUCAGCCUCCUAUCACCAUGGAACAAGCUGUAGCCCGCCUUCCGCCAAAGAAUAAGACCGAUCAGCUUGUUCUGACAUACUUCCGACACAGAUUCUCAGCGGCGCCCUACAUACAUACCUCCAAGUUUCAAAGAGAAUAUGAUGGUUUCUGGAGAGAUCCGUCUUCUGUCAGUCUCCUAUGGGUCAGCGUAUUGGCUUCAAUCCUCUGGGUAGCGUCUGCCUUGUUGUUGGUGAAAGGCGAAGAUCUGAGCAGGGAUUGCGAGGCAGCCCACCCUGACAACUUCACAAAACUUGCCAUCGAGUGCUUAGUAGCUGGUGAUUACUUGGCCGCCAAACCAUACUCGAUUGAGGCACUACUACUUCAAGCGUUCACAGAGCUGCAAAAGAAUAAGGACUGCUCGGCCCAGCUGUGGGCCAAGUUUGGGCUUCUAGUCCGACUGGCCCAGCGCAUGGGCUAUCAUCGGGACCCGAAGUAUCUCCCCAACAUCACGCCUUUUGAAGGAGAAUUACGCCGCAGAGCAUGGUUCUUCAUCGAAGUCUUUGAUUGCCUGUUCUCGUUCCAGCUUGGAAUGCCGCCGUGCAUCAGAGAAGACGAGUGUGAUACAGAAUCCCCUGGAAACUUGUACGAUCUUGACUUUGAUGAGAACACGAUGAUGCUGCCGCCUCCACGACCACCAACGGAGCCCACAUCAACACUCUACCUGUGUAUCAAGUCGAAGCUUUGCCGGAUGCUUCGGCGUGUUAUCCGAUUUACACUAUCGAUCCAACCGCCUGGCUACGAGGAAGUUAUGAGACUCCAUGAUGACAUUGAGCGCUAUCAUGACCAAAUUCCGGCGCCACUAAAAAUUCGACCUAUCAGAUCAUACAGCUUCACUGAUCACACGCAUGACAUUGUCCAUCGUGCCACAUUGGAAAUGAUGUAUUUGAAGAGCCUGUGCGUCUUACACCGCAAAUACCUCAACAGCGAGAAGGACGACCCACGAUAUGACAUGUCUAGGAGGACAUCGGUGAAUGCUGCAAUCCGUAUUCUUGACAUCCAUGUCGAGUACGAAGAAGAAUGCCGUCCCGGUGGGAGACUAUUCGAAGACAGAUACAUGUUGGCAACCUUAAGCCUCCACGACUUCUUGAUCGCAUCAAUGAUCAUAUGUCUAGACCUGACAGAAAAUGCGCCGUCAAGCCAAGAAGACCGUGCGCGAAAGGUCAGAGCACUGGGAACUUCGUAUAAAAUCUGGUCGGAACAGAAGCAUGCCUCGAAAGAGGCUGCCCACGCAUGCAAGGUUGUUGGCGCCAUUCUCCGAAGGGUAUCUAUACAAGAGCCUCCGAAGCUCCCCGCACCACCACCUCCGCAGCCCGAUGUGAGAGAUGGUUCUCUAGCCAGCCUACUGAAUAACGACAAUCUGCUCCCGCCGAUGGCUACGAUGGCUCCGAUGGAUCAAUCACAGCUAGUCAGUGUGAUGGACUUCUCACUUGACUUCAUGGAUCCAGCACCGUUGGACAAUGUACUGAAUGACAUCGGCCACUACGACUGGACCAUGAUUGAUCAAUAUCUGCUUGAUAAUAAAUAAUCAUGAACCUUGAGCCUGGAGUUGGAGGAGUUUAGAUAAAAUCUUGGAUCACCUAAGCCAGAGGCCAGUGCGGUAUUACUUGGGAGGGUCUGGCGAAUGUAUUCAUGGCCACGUAUAAGCAACAAUUAAUUCUAGAACGGUAGAGGUCUUUCUGGAACGAAUUCAUUUUGACUCUUCGGCGCCUAUUCUAAAUGCGAAAUCCGAUUUCGUCUUAUCAUCA